GGCCAAGUACAGUAUGUCGCUAACACAGUUCUCAACCCGUAUGUUCAGGCGUUUUAUAUAACGUUAUCUCAGCGUGGAAGUCAAUUCCAAGCUGAACGACCGCAAAAUAAAUGGUAGCCGAUAUCGACGCCUAAGAAGGCAGGCUCGGGUUUGCCAAUAAUCAUAAAACCACACGAUAAGAGUUUAAAAACUAAUCCGUCCAAGACAUUUCCUCCAGUUGGUCUCGGUAGGCUGUCAAAUAUACGCGGUUCAGUUGUCUUGGCAUCUUAUUGUCUCGCAUGAGCUCGUGUGUGAUUGGUGAAGAAGUGUUGUGAUGCAGCUGAACGUUCUGUGCUUCAUUUUUGUUGGAUACUUCAUAGAUUUGGUACUUUCGGAUUACAGAAAUGAUCAAAAUGUAAAAGGCCCAGUAAUAAUCCGGAAGAAAACCCACCACACCGUAUACAAACACAUCGUACCAAAGGGAGAAGAAAUAGUAGAACCAGAUUCUAAACACUACUUCAAACGCAAGCGGAAAGUAGUGAAGAAACCCAAGACAACGCAGAACCCCAAAUCUAAAAAUGAACGGUAUGAAUGGAUACGAGAAUCGAACAAGAACGAAAUUGUUAUGAGACCAGAGAAGACAGAAACUGUUGCUACCGAUGACGAAGGAUACCGGGCCCACUCCAAGGUCAUUACCAAGGAACACGUGGAGGUACAAGAGAUCAACCCUCUAGCGGCGUUCCCUUCAGAUAGAGUUGUCGUUAAAGGUACAUACAAGGUCCAUAAGACGGACCCAAACAUGCAAACUACCAGUACUGUCCACAGCUAUGACUCACCAACAGGCAAGGUCAUGGCUGAGAUCUUGACAGAGCUUGACCAAAUACGUCGCACACCAGAUGACAAGAAAACGGUUAUAGCUGAGGAAACCUCUUACAAGCCCUUCCAAAGGGAGCAGGAGUUGGAGAGCUUGUUCGACUUCGAUCCCUUCAAAGAAGACAAGGACAGUGAAAAUGAAUUCGGCUUUGACCCAUUCGAAACCCGAUCCAAUAAGGUCCAGUUUGAUGAUUUUUACGAUGAGACUGAAGAGGAUGAAAGUAGAGAUGAAUUAUUCAAAAAACCGUUUACUGGAUAUCGACAAGCCAAGAAUAACAAUAAAGUAGAAGAUAAUGAUUACGUCGAAUCUACGAAUUUCGAAGAUGAACCGAAGGAAGAAAAAAUGAUCACACCGUUUCCUAAGAUACAUUUCACCUAUCCCAGAUCCAGAGAUGGUGACUCGUAUUCAGAUUCUUCUCAUGCGGCAGAACCAAAGAACCACGACGAAAUGAUCACACCUUUUCCUAAGGUAUACUUUGAUGACCCAAGAGAUUUCGAUCAUCGUAGGCUAGAAGAUAUCAGAAACGAUUUCGAUCAUCCACAUGAGUCUGAAAGCAGAAGACAAUACGAUUACCCAGAAGAAGCGGAGAGCAAGACAAUUAACAUCACGCCAAAGACUGAAGAGCAGUAUCACUAUGAGUAUGAUUUUGCUGGGAAGGGUCAGGCCGCUAAAAGAAUGGCAGCCCACUUGAUGAGGGCUGAAGAUCAUCAUCAACCUUACGAUCCUACUAAGAGCAAAGGGCAAAAAGAAGUUAAGGAAGAAGACAAACCUGAACAAGAAGAAGAUCAUAGCUCUGAACGUGAUUCUGAAACUAAUGACGAAACUGAAGAGAGUGAAGAUAAAGUGGUUGAAGCUACAACCCCCAAAAUAGAAGAAAACCCUCAUCUUAUCCCACAAGUAGCAAAUCCGAACAUUCUUCCACAAGCAGUUAAAACAGAACCUGCACCAGUGACUGAAGAAAUAAAAGAAGACAAACCGACGAUGGCUGAGGAAGAAUAUGAUGAUCACUUUGAUUUCUUGAAACACGAUGAUGAAGAUUGUCCAUAUGAAAGGCUAAAAGGUUCGGAGACCAGUAACUUUGAGAACGACGCAUUGGAGAAGUAUGUGAUUUACAAGAUAUAUGGACCGCUAUAUAAUAGUGAACAUGAACAUUGAAGUUUCGUUAUAUUCCUUUCAAAUUGAAUGGUAUGCCAUAUUCUUGUUCAACUAGAUCUUAGACUGAAGGUGAUUUUUCUCUACCUACUUGUUACGCCAGAUAUACUCAGAGACAUGCAGAUCAUGUAGAUUUUUUCUGAGUAAAAUGUGUCAUGAGAAGUUUUUGUAUGACCUUCCAGAAUGCGAUUGCAAUAUGCCUCGCCAAUAGGCGUGGGAAGUGAAAAUCGAUUAGGAAAACAAGGUUGCAAUGUUAGUAUUGUGCAGAAAUCGUGAUGCCAAUUUUUUCUAGUGAUACACUAACCUGAUUGACAUAAUCACCCACAAAGAAAUCUACCUGGCCUGCGGUUGGCUCGAAAAAAACCGUCACACAAUUCGUUACAUCGCAUUGAAAUCGUUGACAUUAAAUUUUAGCACGUGCCGCGUUCAUUCGAACCAGCUAUGAUCGUUACAUAAUUAAUUAAUACUUUUUUUUCAUCAAUAAUUUGGCAAAUUUGGCACUGCCUAAUGAAAAUGUGCUGGCGGAUUACACGAUGCUCGAGGAUUGCGAUGUAAAAAGUUGAUGAUCAUUUUUUUUUUGUUGCAAAUACUCGUAUAUAGUCAAAAUCACGAAAGAUGACUAUUACGUCAUAUCAUAAAUUGUACCUAAGUAAUCAAUGGACGUACG